CCGUUUGACCUCACAAGAUCGAAUCUGUUCAUUCAACAUUUGGAGGAACUAUGAUAUUGAGAGUAUCUGGCAGAUAACAAGGAAAGGCGUUCGCCUUCUGAUUCAGCACAAUGAUUUCUCAAUACCUCACAACUUUGGUUCUCUUGAUUUGCACCAUCUUGAGUAUCAACGUCACGGCAUAUACACCUUUAUCUGAUGAGACACUUCACAGUCUUCCUUCUGGUGGCGCAGAUUUCGAUACACAUAAUGGUGCCAUUCUUUCACCAAUUUUGAUACCACGAGUUCCGGGAACUCCAGGGAUUCAAGCCGUACAAAGGCAUUUUGUUGAUUUCUUUACAACGCAUCUUCCGGAAUGGACAAUUGAGUUCCAAAACUCGACUUCGAAGACUCCCGUCACUGGUGACAAACAAGUACCAUUCGUUAAUAUCAUAAUAACUCGCGAUCCUCCUUGGGCAAAAUCCGGAAAUGUUGGAAGAUUAGCUUUGGUUGCACAUUACGAUAGUAAACUCGCGCCUACAGGAUUUAUUGGCGCAACUGACAGCGCAGCCCCAUGCGCAAUGAUUAUGCAUGCAGCUAGAAGUGUGGAUCAAGCAUUAACAAAUAAAUGGGCGGCAAUGAAAACGGCAGGGGAUAUUGGUUUGGAAGAAGAAAAGGGUAUUCAGAUCUUGUUUCUCGACGGUGAAGAAGCAUUCCUGAGUUGGACCAAUGAUGAUUCUCUUUACGGUGCAAGGUGAGAAGGUAGCCUCGUACGAUUCUAAGCUUUAUUCUAACUCAUCCAGGGCAUUGGCAGAAACAUGGGAAAUAACACCUCAUGCAGCUAUGUCAAAUUACAAAAACCCAUUGGACUCGAUUCACUUAUUCCUUCUUCUUGAUCUUCUCGGCCACGAUACUCCAAACAUUCCUUCAUACUUCGAAACUACACAUUGGGCAUACAAGAAUCUCGCAACUAUUGAAAAUCGCUUACGAUGGCUUGGAAUAGCUCAAUCAAAAGUUAAGCACCAUUUCCUACCUGAUUUCGACCGGAGCUCCUUUUCUGGCGGAGGAGGUGUCCAGGAUGAUCAUCUACCUUUCAUGGCCCGUGGGGUGGAGAUUUUACAUAUGAUACCUUCCCCAUUUCCACCUGUUUGGCAUCUUAUUGAGGAUGAUGGUGAUCAUUUAGAUAUACCAACAGUAGAGGAUUGGGCCAAAAUGGUAACUGCUUUUGUCGGAGAGUGGAUGGAUCUAGAGGGUCAUUUCCCAUCGCAGCCACAAGUGAAAACACAGAAGGAAAAAAGAGAUACCAUUUCUCAUAGAAAGACUGAACUGUGAGUUGUUCAUGGUCAUUUCAGUAGUUUUAAACUUGUGUUAAUUUUAUAUUAGUAACUAAAUUCAGGAAUAUCACAUUGGAGAGCCAUUUGAGUCAAAUUGAAACUUGCUUAAGCCGAUGUCAUUUGCAUAUUCUUCCCG